AUGCUGGGCCUGCUCCUCAUCCCGAGUGCCCUGCCCGCCCCCCUCAAGGCCGGCGGCCUGACCGCCCCUGUUCGCCGCACCUUAAGCGAGCGGACCACCACCAUGUUCAUGCCACGUGCCAUCAACGCCAUCCCCGGCAACACGGCUGUGACGACCCCCGUGGAGCGCCCCUCGCUGCCCGCCCAGCCCAGCAGUGCGUCACACCUCGAUGACGCCGACAUGAGCCCCCAGGGUGUGGCAGUUGGGGGCGCGGGCUCGACCCACGCCGCCGCCACUGCCACCGGCCAAGCCGGCGGCGGCACCUCUGCAUCGGCCAGGCGGGGCUCAUGGCCCCGCACCUUGGGGGAGGAGCCAGCGGCUGCGGCCGAGAGCAACGCCACGGUCAGCGAAGGCCGCGGCCGCACCUCCUUCAGCUCCGCCCCGGCCAGCCCUUCCCCUGUCACCAGCGCCGUCACCAGCGCUGUCACCGCGCUGCCCGCCGACAUCAUCAGCGCCCUUGCCCCCGAACAGGGCGGCCUACUCGGUUGA